GUGCAGAGCAGAGCCCCGGGAGCAGCCUUUCCCGUGUCCCCACACACGCGGCAUCCCCUCGGAAGUGCCCCGGGCCGGGCUGGAAGGGGCGCGGCUCUGCCCGGCCCUCCCUGCCCCGAGCGGGGCGGUGCUGCCGGGACCCGCCGCGGCCGGGCAGUCCCUCCGUCUGUCUGUCCGUCUGUAACUCUGUUUGUCCGGCCGGCCGCCUGUCCGUAACUCUGUCCGUCCGUCCCAGGCGCCGCAGGUCCCCGGGGAGCCGCGGGCGUGAGUCCUGGUGAUGGCAGCGAUGACAGAGACCAACCACAUCCAUGAAGUGAUGGAAGGGCCAGAAGGAGAUGAUGCCAAGUGCAGUUUCCAUCACACGAUGUUCCUGGAACCCCAAGAGAAGAAGGGGAACAUGAAGGCCCUGCUGGUUAAGCGAGCAAAGGAAACUUGCAGCUGCACCCCAGCCAAAAUUAAAGAUUGUGUUUUGGGCUUUUUCCCCAUCUUACAGUGGCUUCCUAAAUACAAACUCAGGGAGUACCUCCUGGGGGAUGUAAUGUCCGGGGUGAUCGUGGGGGUCCUGCUGGUCCCGCAGUCCAUUGCCUACUCCCUCUUGGCAGGGCUGGAGCCCAUUUACGGCCUUUACACCUCCUUCUUCUCCUGCAUCAUUUACUGCAUCUUCGGCACCUCCCGCCACAUCUCCGUCAGCAUCUUCGGCGUGGUCUGCCUGAUGCUGGGCCAGGUGGUGGACCGGGAGGUGGAGAGGGCUGGCUACCAGCUGGAGCCAGCCGUGCCCAGCGCCCUGCCAGGCCCGGGGGGGCUCGGGAAUGGCACCGGGAACGGGACGGAGCCGCUCUGUGACAGCGGCUGCUACGCCAUGGCCGUGGCUGCCACCCUCACCUUCAUCUCGGGGGUGUACCAGGUGGCCAUGGGUUUCUUCCAAGUGGGCUUUGUCUCCGUGUACCUCUCGGAUUCGCUGCUGAGUGGGUUUGUCACAGGGGCCUCCAUCACCGUGCUGACCUCACAAGUCAAGUACCUGCUGGGCCUGGACAUUCCCCGCAGCGGGGGCGUCGGCUCCCUCAUCACCACCUGGAUAAACAUCUUCAGGAACAUCCACACCACCAACAUCUGCGACCUCAUCACCAGCUUCUUGUGCUUCCUGGUGCUCGUCCCAGCCAAAGAGCUUAACGAGCGCUUCAAAUCCAAGCUCAAGGCUCCAGUUCCCGUGGAGCUCUUUGUGGUGGUGGCAGCCACUCUGGCAUCUCACUUUGGGAAGCUGAGAGAGACUUACGGCUCCAGCAUUUCUGGGCACAUCCCCACGGGGUUUCUGCCGCCGCGCCCUCCAGUCUGGACCCUGAUUCCCAGCGUGGCAUUGGAUGCCAUCCCCAUUGCCAUCAUCGGCUUUGCCAUCACCGUGUCCCUCUCGGAGAUGUUUGCCAAGAAGCACGGCUACUCCGUGAGGGCCAACCAGGAGAUGUACGCCAUCGGCUUCUGCAACAUCAUUCCCUCCUUCUUCCACUGCUUCACGACCAGCGCGGCUCUCGCCAAGACCCUGGUCAAGGAGUCCACGGGCUGCAGGACCCAAGUGUCCGGCAUGGUGACCAGUCUGGUGAUCCUCCUGGUCCUCCUUGUGAUCGCCCCUUUGUUCUACUCCCUGCAGAAAUGCGUCCUUGCCGUCAUAACCAUCGUCAACCUCCGCGGAGCCCUGCGCAAGUUCAGGGACCUGCCCAAGAUGUGGCACCUGAGCAGGGUGGACACGGUGAUCUGGGGGGUCACCAUGGCGGCCACGGCGCUCAUCAGCACCGAGAUCGGGCUGCUGGUGGGGGUUUGCUUCUCCAUGCUCUGCGUCAUCUUCCGCACCCAGCGGCCGGAGGCGCCGCUGCUGGGCUGGGUGGCCGAGUCGGAGACCUACGAGUCCCUCUCUGCCUACAAGAACCUGCAAACCAAGCCUGGCGUCGUGGUGUUCCGCUUUGAGGCCCCCAUCUACUACAUCAACAAGGAGUGCUUCAAAUCCACCCUCUACAAGCAAACCGGGGUCAACCCCGUGUGGGUGAAGGCAGCCAAGAAGAAAGCAGAGAAGAAAAGGCUCAAGGAGAAGGAGGCGGGGUCUGGGGACAAGCAGAGCAGCGCCCCCGUGGAUUUUGGGUCGGAACCCGUGGGGUUUCACACCAUCGUGAUCGACUGCUGCGCGGUGCAGUUCCUGGACACGGCCGGCAUCCGCGCGCUCAAGGAGGUCUGCAGGGACUACGGGGACAUCGACGUGCACGUGCUGCUGGCCCAGUGCAACCCUUCUGUCAGGAGCUCCCUGCUCCGGGGGGAGUUCUUCAAGGAGGGGGAGGACCACCUGCUCUUCCACAGCGUGCACCAGGCCGUGGACUUUGCCCUGGGCACGCAGGGGCACGGCGCUCCCAAGAGCUAGAUUGGAAAGGGAGAGAUCGGAACCAAGGCUGGGCAAAUGUGUCUGUGGAAUCAAUGUGUGUGUGCUCAGGUGGCAGGGCAGGGUGGUGCCAGCACAGUGGUACCCUGCAGUCUCUCUGGAUUUACCUGCCUGGGGUAGUGAUUCCGUGGGAGGUGCUGAAUGAAGGCAGUUCUUAACUUGAUUGUGUUCAGUCUGCAGGUCUUAAAUUUCCAUGGGGUUCUUCAUCUCAUGUCUCCUCUCUGGAGCUUUCUGUGUCUCAGUUCCACUCUGAAGUUGUGAUCAAGUCUUUUUCGCCGCCCUGUCCUUGUGGAUGGGGUGGGAUUUUGGAGUAGUCUGGACAUCCUGUGCAGCUGAAGAAUGAGACGACUCAUUCCUCAUCCCUCAUUCUGGCAUUGCUUUCCAUCACCACGCCCUUGUGUUUGCCAAGGAAGGGCUGCCAGGGACUGUUUGCUCUGGUCUUUACUGGGCAGUGCUUGAAUUUGCAACCUCCCUGAAUUUCAGAUAGAGAAAUCAAAUCUAAACAUGCAGGAAAAUAUCUUAAUGAUUAUCUUCUAAGCAAGCACCUCUCACCUCCAGAGGUUUUGGCACUGCCUCCUGAUUCAGCCAGGCCACAAGGAUGUGGUUAUCUCAUUUCUCCACAGGCCUUUGCCUGCCUGUGCCCAUGGAAAUGCUGCCUCUCCAGCUUGAUUUUAAUGAUUUUUAUUUUUUCACAGGUGACUCUUUAGAAGUCUGAUUCAUUCUUCUGGUCAGUCAAUUGUUUUCCUAAUAUUUAGGAGCUCUUUAGAAUUGUGAACAUUAGAUAUGGAAAUAUCUAGCUCUUUAAUUUUAACCAAAAGAAGUCCCUUCUAGGCAGUUUUUUAUGCCGAGUAGAGAGAAUCACAGGUACCAAAGUGAACAGGGACAAAUAAAUUAUCCAGCAUGUGCCCAAAUGUGUCCAUGUCACACAGACUUUGUGCAUGAGUGCAGGAUUUAUUGGCUAUAAACCCUUUGCUCUGUCCUGGACUUUAUGCAAUGGGAGUGCACAGACCAUUGGAAAAGGAGCCAGGAAAAUUCUUUCCUGGACUUUUUCCUUUUUUUUU